CAUGAGGGUUGCAGGGUGUCUCUCUUUAAGUUAUUAUCAUGCGUAUCAAACAAACGGAUUAGCUGUUCGUGGUUAUUAUGUAUUAUAAUUAUGAGUUGUAAGAAAUACAACCCAACCCCUACCCCCACCUCUCAAAAUCUGCUUUAUUUCAUCUUAUCGUUCGAACACAAUCAUUAGAAACUCUGGAGUUGGAAACCUCCUCUUCACUGCCAACUUGACACUUCCAAAAAGGUUAGAAACCAAUUAGUUAUUCUUCUUGUUCUUCACCAUUUCUGCAAUAGGUCAAAACUUUAUCCCUAUGAUUGAUGUGCUUUUCUCUCCCAUGGUUUUCUCAAAUUGGGUAUUUCACCUCUCAGCAAAUUGAUUAUCAAAUAUAGAAUUCGAAUUCGCUCCAGGUUUUUGUCGAUUUGAAGAUUGGAAAGGAGAAAGAUGGAUAAGUUUGUUCAGCCAGAUGAUAAAGAAUGUAUGAAGAUGGCCAUGUUAAAGCAUGAAGAAACCUUCAAAGAACAGGUAUAUGAACUUCAUAGAUUGUAUAAAACUCAGAAGAUGCUGAUGAAGAACGUGCAAAGAACAAGACAUAAUCAUCAAGAAAACAUAUCAUUCAAUUAUCAACAACAGAAGAACAAGUUUGAUUUGGAACAUCCUGCGACAACAGCUAAAGAGUACAAUCGUGUAUCAGAAACAUUAAAUGAUCAAGAACUUGAGGAAGACGAGUGUGAGAUCGAGCUGACGUUGGCCCCCACAAGUUUUAAUCGAAGGAGGAACAUGACAAAUAAGCCCGAAUCAUCAGAUUCCGUGCCCAGUUUUUCAUCGUCUUCAACAGGGUCGAGUCAUACAAAGAGAAUAGAAAGAAUCUCAAGAGAGAAUUCAGGCUUUAUGAAUAGCAACAGGAGAAACAGCAACAGUUCUUCAGAUAGACCACUCAAACAGUCUCCAUGGAUGUAUCAAGUUCUAAGCUUAAACAUGACUUGAUAUAAAAGAAUGAAUUCAAGAAAGGGUUUGGCUAAAAAGACACUCUAUUUUACCAUUUAGACAACCCUAAUUAAUGUUUGAAAUAUUUUUAUUGGUUGAAAUUACAUUGUUUUCCGAAAAAGUUGAUUACAAGUAGUUGAUUAUAGGUUGACUUUUUAUAAAAAUGAUUAUAAGGUGUCUAAGGGUGUCUUAUUAGCAGCACCCUUCAAGAAAAAGUUUGGUAUAUUUCAAGAUUAUUUUUUAGGGUUUUUACUUUCUACUUGUGAACUGAUUGACUCUUUGUGUGAAACUCUAGUUUUCUUUCUCUCUUUUUCAUCUCAUGAGUUGCUUUUAGCUUUUUAGAAGGUACAUCUUCUUUUUCUCAUGCUACAAUGACUUGUACUAGAGCAUUAAAUCUUGUAUAUGGAUCGAUUUGGCUUUUUGCAA